AUGGUUUUGGCGCAUAGAAAAUCGACAUUUACUCCUUAUUUACGCAAAGCGAUCGCAACUGUCACUUGUCUAGCCCUCUUCUUUUGGGUUGCUACUACAUUCAGCUUUUACGGAUCAAAAGACGACACCAAACCACCCCGCUAUGCCUUUGCGACCCUUUUAAUGUCGGGAAAUGACUCGGAGUAUCCCCAUAUAGAAGAGCCAUACCUUCAGGCAGCACGGCUACUCAGCUUCCAACUACUCCGCAACCCACGCACGCGAAAUAGGAUCGAUAACGUGCCAUUUCUCAUCCUGGUCACACCCGAUAUACCUCAAAGACACCGCGAUAUUCUGAGCAGAGAGGGAGCUACUGUGGUGCCAGUGGACAAUGUUGAAGCCGGCAGUUUUGACAACAACUGGGAUUCCUCUCAACACCCAAAUGCUGUUCUCGCCAAAUUGAAUCUAUGGACACUUGAAGAAUACGACAAAAUCUUGUUUCUGGAUGUCGACUCGGUCAUAUUCCGUCCUAUCUAUCACAUUUUUGAAGAUCCUACGACAGUGAUGCGUGCCACCAUCAACCCUACCGCCAAAAUGCCAAAGAACUAUAUGAUCGCCGCGCCGCAUGACUCGCGUACAAAUUUGAAUAUGCAAAUCGUGUCCGGUCAGGAGAUUCACCAAAACACCCACAUCGAUAAUGAGUUCUUUAUUCUACAUCCAUCCAGAGAUCUCUAUAAUUAUUACGUCGGUCUGCACUAUGAUCAUCCCGAACAAAAUCUUCUCAACUACGCCCAUCGAGCAGACGGCCCCAUGCCUUGGCAAAACCUCGAGUCUGGAUGGAACAUGAAAGAUGCAAGCCGGUCUGAUUAUGAGAAAGGAUUGAAAUCAAUCAAACAUAAGUGGUGGCGCCCUAUUGCAGAUGAUUUUAUUGGGGAUCAUAUCGCGAUAUCGAUGGAUGAGAUGACUGCAUACUUGAACCAUUGA